AUGGAGAAGAAGCAAGAAGCGCCUACGGCAUUGGUUGUGCCAGAAGGCCGAAUGCCAGGUGAAGAAGAAAUCGAAACCCCUGCAGACGGAAACGAAGCAGAACGAAAUGCUGCGCCGAAGCUUGAGCUUCAACGGACUGUUUCUGGACCACCGUAUUCUAUCUUCACGCCUCGAGCAAAGAUUUUUAUUGUCGUCGCGGUCUCUAUAUCGUCUCUCAUCUCGCCAUUUGGUGCUACGACAUUCUACCCAGCUCUAGAUGUGAUUGCACGAGAUCUUGGCGUCACGCCGACGUUGAUUAAUUUAAGUUUGACGACUUACAUGAUUGCUCAAGCCAUUGCUCCAGCACUCAUAGCAGGAAUGUCAGACACGAAUGGCAGGAGACUAUCGUAUAUUGUCUGCUUCAUAAUCUUUCUGGUUGCGAACAUUGGUCUCGCGCUGCAGACGAAUUAUGCGGCGCUCUUGGUACUGCGUAUGGUGCAAGCAUUUGGGUGUAGCGCCGCUAUAGCUCUUUCGAAUGCUGUCGUCGCCGAUAUUGCCACGUCUGCAGAACGUGGCAAGUACAUGGGCUAUGCGACAGCAGGACUGUUGUUCGGCCCAGCUUUUGGUCCGACAAUUGGAGGCCUCUUCGCCCAAUACCUAGGCUGGCGUUGGACCUUCUGGUUCCUCGUGAUUUUCUCAGGCUUCCUGUUGGUAGUCUUCACACUCUUCUUCCCCGAAACCUGUCGAAACGUCGUAGGCAACGGCUCCAUCCCCGCCAAAGGCGUGAACCAAUCCAUCUUAGGGUACCUCCAACAACGAGGCCACCGCCUAAACUCUGGAGAUGACGCAAGCUCCUUCACCACAACCUGCAGCAAAAAAGGAUCGAAGUUUUCCCUCCCAAACCCACUUCAAACCCUCGCAAUCCUCACCGACAAAGAAUCCUCCUUCAUCCUCCUCUACAACGGCCUCUUCUUCACCGGCAUGAUGGUCGUAACAGCCUCCAUACCCACCCUGUACGAAUCUAUCUAUCACUUAAACACACUAUACACAGGACUCUGCUACAUUUCCAUGGGCAUGGGAUCUCUAACCGCAACAUUAACAAUGGGUCAUGUAGUAGACUGGAAUUUCCGUCGACAUGCCCGCCGCCUCAACCUCCACAUCAGCAAAACCCGGCAACAAGACCUCACAAAUUUCCCCAUCGAACGCGUCCGUUUCGAAGUCGUGGUUCCAGGACAUAUCAUCGGCACAAUCGGAAUUUUGAUCUUUGGCUGGACGUUGAAUUUCCAUACCUCCCUCGCUGGGCCCGAGGUGGCUUUAUUUCUCAUUGGUUUUGGCGUGUCAACGGCUUUCAAUAUCACGAACACUUUACUCAUAGAUUUACAUCGUGAUCAACCAGCUACCGCCACCGCGGCCGUGAAUUUUGCUCGAUGUUUGAUGAGUGCGGGUGGUGCGGCGGCCAUUAUUCCGAUGUGUGAUGCUAUGGGGAUUGGCUGGGCUUUUACGUUUUUGGCGCUUGUUUAUGUUGUUUUGAUUGCGGCGGUGUUUUGGUUGAUGAAGGUGGGUAUGAGGUGGAGGGAAGAGAUAGAAUCACGGUUGCAAGAUCUCAUCUAG